AUGUCUUGGGAUAUUGAAUUAGAUGAUCAAUUAUUACAAGAUCUUUAUGCAUGGCUUGAUCAAAUCCCAUUAAGUCGACCAAAGAAACGUAUUGAAAAAGAUUUUGCUGAUGGUGUUAUGGUUGCUGAAUUAAUUAAAUAUUAUUUUCCUGGUUGGGUUGAUCUACAUAAUUAUGCAGCAGCGAAUAGUACACAACAGAAAUUAAUUAAUUGGGGUCUUUUAAAUAGAAAAGUUCUUUAUCGAUUUGGUCUUAAUGUACCAGAACCUGUUAUGCGUGGCAUAUGUCUUGGUCGAAGUGGACUUGUUGAAGUAUUUCUUUAUAAUUUACGAACUAAAAUUGAUGAUUAUCUUUAUGGAAUGGAAACAAAUCCUAGUGAUCCUCAAUAUCGAGUUCUUCAUCAACAGGCUAAAACAAGUGAAUCUAAUGCCAUAACACCUCGUCAUCGUCAACAACAUUCACCACCACCACCACAACAACAAUAUGAAGAAAAUCCAGUAAAAUAUGCAAGUAUGGGAUCAAAAGCUAAACCACAAGGAGGAAAUAUACCAAAAAAAGCUACGUCAAUGCAAAAUUUGAGUUCAGACAUGGUUAGUCGUAUUGAAUAUGAUGAAAAAGAACAAGAAUGUAUUGCCAAAGAAGAACAACUUCAGAUUUUACAAGCAAAAAUUCGACGUCUAGAACAUUUACUUCAUUUAAAAGAUAUUCGAGUAGAUGAUUUAGCAGAAAAACUUGAUCAAACAAGAGGUUUACCUGGUAAUAGUGGUGGAAAAUCAAUUCGUCAACAACAGACACAUAUACCACUCAAUGGACGUAAAUAA